AUGAGCAGCAGCUCCUACCGUGCGAAAAGAGAUAGGGGAGUUUUAGAGAAAUAUGGGCUGGAGGAUGUAGAUAUUGAAAAUUACUUGUUUAAAAUAAUAAAGACAUUUGAAGACAAGAAAAUUGAGAGAAUGGCAACUGAAAGGUGAAAAACGACUGAGCUGUACAGAUAUUUAUCAGAUUGUGAAGUUCGAUACAAACUACCUAUAUGUUUGCAGGGUGCUAGUGAAACAAGCAAGGCUGUCAGCAUAAUUUUUGGGUUGAGAUCUGGAUCGAAUUUCACUAAUCAUUGUAGGUUCGUCCGACAUAUAGCAGAUAGCUCAGAGUGCAGAUUUUGUGGAGAGCAAGUUGAGGAUGAAGUACAUGCCAUUGAAAAUUGCUACAUUUAUGAGAGUAGCAGGGUGAAACUAAUAAAUGAAAUGGAAAAAUUACUGAAGGAGGAUUUUUAUUUACUGAGUCUUACCGAAAUAAUUCUGUGUGGUUGAAGGUUUGACAAAAUUAUGCGUUUGAAACAUAGUGAACAUAUUUGGAAAGUUAAUGAAGAAAUAAGGAAGUUUAUUGGAGAAAUUUUUAAAAUUAGAAAAUACUUGGAGGGGAAAGUUGGUCCAAAUGCUGGACGAAAACCGUAA